GCUGUGGAGUCAAAGGCUAGAAAACCAGUCGGCAGAGCAAAACAACCAGAUGCUAUUAUCAAUGAAAUUAAUCAGUUGUCUUGGAGCUUAAGCAAAGGACAUGGUGAAGCGAAAGUUCAAGAGAAGAUAAACAACCUUUAUCUCCUUUGCACCAAUCUCAUCCGGAUAGCUAUAUUUAACAAAGAUGCGAUUGACUUUUAUAACAUGAAUUGUAUGCUUAGAUUUCAAGUUGUUG